CAUGGCCACGAGUACUGCGUGAAGGGAAUGGACGGUGAUGCAGCCGCUGGAAGUUGAACGCACAUCGGUCUCUGUAGACAGCGUCCACCAUGCUCCAUCUCGACGGAGGAACAAAGCCCUGGAAAAGCAAGAUUCCUUCUUAGCAUCCCAGGUCUUCGAUGAAUCUACCAGCACUGAUGGAGGGCCCUUCAGUGCGUAUGCCAACACCACCAACACCAUCCUUGGCGCUGGUACACUGGCUGUUCCGAUCGCCAUGAGUAGUGCAGGCUUACUGUCCUAUCUCUUGAUGACUGCUGGAGUGAUUUCGGUUCACUCUAUGACUGUCAACUGGUUGGUGAUGGUGGCAGAUUACUUACCCAAAGAUGUUGCAAGGAAUUAUGAAGGCAUUGCUCAAGAAUAUCUUGGCACCUUUGCUGCCCACAUGAUUUCCCUGGUCUUCAUCUUUGGUGGCCUUUCCCUUGGCAUGUCCCGCAUGCUCUUCACCUCCCGGUCCCUGGCCCCGCUGCUGGCGUCACUCUUCGACGACGACGGCGUAGUGCGGCCGCAGGAGCUGCGCAGCUGGGAGCUGCGGAUGCUGUGGAGCUGUGGACUGCUGGUGGUUCUACCCUUGGGUAUGCUUCGCGACAUCUCCAAGCUCCGGUUCGCAUCGGGUUUGGCCAUUUGCACUUUGACCUUCGCGGCUGCGUUCAUCGUUUUCUGCAACAGCUCAGCGCUGGUGAAACAGCCGAAGCUGGGUUCGGGCUUUGAGUUCAUUGUGAACUUUGAUUCCUCCUUCUUCUUGAGCUUGGCCAUGACCACCUCGAAUUUCUCGUGCCAUAUCGCUGCCAUCCCUAUCUAUGGGUCUCUUGGCGCGCAGAAGUCUUCGAUGAGAAAAGUGGUGCUGGCUGCAAUGAUCACAGCUGCAGUGGUGUAUCAGCUGGUGGGGCUUACCAGCUAUGCCCGCUUCGGGUACCUGGAUUCUGACGGAAGCAACAUCUUGGAAAUUGUGGCGGAGCACAUCAACCACAAGCGCCAGCCGCUGCAGUUCGCCUUGGUGUCUGUGGCCAGCGCUGGAGUGGCAGUGAGUUUGGUCUUUGGGAUGCCUGUGGUGCUUUGGGCCCUGCGAUCGGUGCUGUUGAGCUACUACAGAGCUGCUUCUGCUGUACGUGCCAAAUGGGCCGGAUGCAGCGCAAGACAAGCUGAAGCGAUACAAAAUGCUGAUCCUUCGUUUGUGGAAUGGACCACUGUCACCAUGCUCAUUGUCUUUGCGAUUCUUAUCCUGGCAACAGCCGUGCCUGACAUUCAAGUGGUGAUGUCCUUUGGAGGAUCACUGGGUGGAACCUUUAUCGCCUUCAUGUAUCCCGCGCUAUUCCAUUUGAAGGUGGUAAAGGGCCAUGAAUCGUUGAGAGGUGCCCUGAGACGCCAAAAUGCUGCAGAGCUGGGUGUUAUCGCCAUGAGUGUCGUGUAUGGUGUGGUAUGUCUUUCCAUUUCGCUGCAGAAGAUCGUGCGGACGCUGGGAGAGAGUCAGAGUUCAGAAGCUGUACAAAGUGACAGCAAUUCCAGCACCCUGAUGCUGUGGAAUUGACUGGCUGGUGAUUGGUUUCACUUAUAUUAUAUAACUUUGCUAUACUUUGUUGAUAUAUGAUUGUCCCUUUUGGGAGAAUGAUCCCAGCUGCGCUCUUGAUUGAGUUCUUGAUCCGAUAGCCAAUGAACAAAA